AUGUCAAAGAAUAGAUUAAUAGGUGGAGCUUUGUGGGAACACUACUCAGGGAAAGUGAAAGACCACAUGGACAACCCUCAGCAUCGUGGAGAGAUUACUGAAGAAGAAGCCAAGAAGAUGGGAUGCAAAUUGGUUGUUGCUGACUGGGGAGCAGAAGCUUGUGGCGACGCUGUCAGACUUUACUGGGCAGUCGACCCAAAGACAAACAUAGUUGUUAACUCGACUUUUAAGUCAUUUGGAUGCGGCACUGCUAUCGCGUCUUCUGAUGUCACUGCUGGUCUUUGCAUUGGUAAAACAGUCGAUGAAUGUUUGAAAAUCACAAAUCUGGACGUCGAACGUGCUAUGCGAGACGAUCCAAAUACUCCGGCUGUCCCUCCACAGAAGAUGCAUUGCUCUGUGAUGUCCUAUGAUGUCGUCAAAAAGGCGGCUUCGAUUUAUAAGGGCGUUGACGUUGAAGCACUUGAUGACAAUGAAAUUGUUUGCUCGUGCGCUCGAGUCACUUUACGAUUGAUUAAAGAGACUAUUAGAAUGAACGACUUGAAGACCGUUGAAGAGAUUACCAAUUAUACAAAGGCUGGUGCGUUCUGUGGAUCGUGCAAGAGACCAGGAGGACAUGAAGCCAAAAAAUAUUACUUAGAGGACAUCUUGCGAGAGACUCGAGCCGAGAUGGAGAUUGAAAAAAUGAAGAAGAACUGCAACUCGACUGACUUUGAAAAGUUGACGAUGGUCAAGAAGAUUGGGAAGUUGAAUGAAGUCUUCGAGAAAUUUGUUCUUCCUAUGGUUCAGAAGGAUGGAGGAGAUGUAGAAGUGUAUGAAGUGAAGGAUGGAGUCAAUGGAGAAAUCAUGGUCUACAUUCAAUAUGGUGGGAAGUGUUGUGGGUGUUGUUCUGCUGCUACAUCGACCAAGGAUAAAAUUGAAAAUAUAUUACACGAAAUUUUGUCGCCCAAAAUCGUCGUGAUACCCGUUAAUAUCACCCCAAAGACUGAAGACCCCCUCCUCGACAAGCUUGAGAAUGAAACAUGCUUGAAAAUUGGAACCAAGUAA